UUUAAGGUGCAUUACCGCCACCAACUGGAUUGGUAUGUGGACAAAUUUCACCUUUCAAACACCGUCGUGGUGUUUGCUUGUAAAAACCAUGGGAGACGCGGGACUUGCAGAGCAUCAAGGUGCCCGGUUAUGUCGACGCUCGCGAGCAGUUUGGAUGAAAUUAUUGAAUAACGUGUGUAAAUGUAUUUUACAAUACUCGCGCACGUAAUGCGGACGGUUUAGUCAUCAUGUUAGAACGUUCAAAUAUGUGGGACAGCCCUUUUUGUGAAACCCGUAAAAUCGGUUUGUUCAUAUUUGCUCUUUGCAAUGAGUUUUCCUCAACCUAUCAGUGUGACAUUGUGUUGCUAAUAAUGAGGGUGUUUGACUGUCAUCGGGCGUCUUUUGACUGAAAUAUAAGACGCCUCUCCAAGUGAGAACCAAAGCAAAACAUCUUUCAAUGGCGAAUUGAAUGGACUUCUGGGAGCAGAACUUAUAGGAGCAGGCGACAGGUCAACCAUGGCUGAAUCCACAGGCCCUAAUUCAGAGAACAUGAACACCCAACAGUGUCAGAUCAUCUGCCUCUCUGGGGAUGAUGGCUCCACUUGCAUUCCCAUCACAUCCAACUAUGUUGAAAUUGUGGCCAGUCGAGACUCAAGCAUUGACAGCAAGGCACGUGGCAGCAACAAGGUAAAAAUCCAGCCUGUCGCCAAGUACGACUGGGAGCACAAGUAUUACUACGGCAACCUCAUUGCAGUCUCUAACGCAUACCUGGCAUAUGCCAUCCGAGGAGCAAACAACCAGGCCAUGAUCCGUGUGUUGAGCUUGGGCUCGGCAGAGCGCACCCUGCUGAAGGGCUUCACUGGUGCAGUCACAGACCUGGCCUUUGCACACCUGGACUCCACCCUGCUGGGAUGUGUUGACGAGGCUGGUAACCUGGUCAUCUGGCAGCUCACCUGCCAUAGCAGCAAGAUCCUGGAUCAAGUCAUUGUCCAUGUCCGGAGGCCUGAGGACACACUUCUGAACUCCAAUAGGAGGUUGAUCUGGUGUCCCUUCAUCCUAGAGGACAAUGAAGAGAACCCUGAGGAUGCCAGCCAGACCCUGGCCCUACUGCAUGAAGACAGAGCUGAAGUGUGGGAUCUGGAGAUCCUCCGCAGCAACAACAGCACCUGGCCAGUAGAUGCCACUGACCUGAAGGACGGCGUUAUAACCAUAAAAGGACAUACAGAUCGCAUCAGUGAAGGUGCCCUGUCUCCGGAUGGCACAGUCUUGGCCACAGCCAGUCAUGAUGGAUAUGUAAAGUUCUGGCAAAUCUACAUUGAAGGACAGGACCAGCCAAGUCCUCUCCCCGGCUUCUUCCACAGAUGUCUACACGAGUGGCAGCCCCACAACGGGAACCCCCUUUCCUGCCUGCUGUUCUGUGACAACCACAAGAAACAGGACCCAGAUGUUCCGUUCUGGCGCUUUCUGAUUACUGGAGCUGAUCAGAACCAGGAGUUGAAGAUGUGGUGCACAGUGUCAUGGACCUGCCUGCAGACCAUCAGGUUCUCACCAGACCCGUUCAACUCCUCAGUCCUGCCCUGUCUGAAGGCCAGUCUGGACCUGUCUGCAGAAUGCCUCAUCCUCAGUGACGUACAGAGAAAGGUGUUGUAUGUGAUGGAGUUGUUGCAGGACCAGGAAAAAGGCAGAGCCAGCUUCACAGCCGUGUCAGAGUUCUUGCUCACACACCCUGUGCUUAGCUUCGGUGUUCAGGAUGUCAGCCACAGCCGCCUGUGCCACACGGAGGUCCUCCCGCCAGACGAGGAGAGCGAGAGUAUGACUGCAGAUGGUAACCAGGGACCAAUGGAAUCCAAAGCUGGGAUCCAAAUCAAGCUAUAUUGUGUCCACACAAAGUCCCUUCAAGAUGUGCAGAUCUGGUUCCAGCCAAACCUUGGCUCUGGCUCCUUGUUCCUGCCUCACUCGAACUCAAAUAAUGGCUUUGGUUUUUCAGAUCACUUGACAGACAUGAGUGUGGAAGGUUUGAGCUCUGAUAAGGAGUCUGGAUGCGGCUCCGAAAAUGAUCUCUGCAAGAUUCCCGCUCUUGCUGACUUCCUGUCCCCUUCCGGCACUGCUGCUAUGCCCAAGCUCAUGACCCCUGACGCCUUCAUGACCCCCAGUGCUUCGGUCCCAGCCUCCCCAGGCAGCAGUGCCAGCAGCCUGACCAUAGUAACAGCCAUGAGCAGCAACUCUGACAGUGGCGCCAGUGAUGGUAAUGUCUGCAGGGGAGGAGAGGAGCUGACCCAGAGCCCUAAGAUGUCUGUGGAGAGCAACUCCAUCCUCAUCUCAGGCUUAGGGGACAACAUGCCGAUGUACCAUCUUCCACAAGAGACCACUCCUCAUACGCUCAUGUUCCCCCUCACCUACCCCCUCCGCCCUCUACAGGGGCUUCCCUCUCCAAACCCGCCCCUCUCGCUGGACCCGCAGGUCAUUGAGCCUAUGCUGAUUCAGCAGGCCUCUCCUACCCGGGCCCGCUCUCCGGAUGUCAUCUCAUCUGCCUCCACGGCCAUGUCUCAGGACAUUCCUGAGAUCGCCUCUGAGACGCUGCAGCGAGGCCUGGGGGGGGUGUCUGGAGCUGAAUCUCGAGAACCUCUCCCAGCCCUCCACACAGACAGCAUGGCUUCUGCAGCCUCAGCUCUUCACCUCCUCUCUCCACGAAACCGGAACAGCUCUGACCAUGGCCACCUGCCCCUGGAGCUGGGUGCUGUAGUAGGAGCAGUGGAGGUGGAACAGAGGCUCAGUAACACCCCCUCACUACUGGAGAACGCCCUGUCACAGGAGAAUGCUGCUGCCGCUGCCUCCUGCUCAGACAACAAUGUGAACCACCCGUGGCCUGCAGCUCCUGACAUCACACGGGAAACACGCAACAGCCUGCGGGACAAUGGCCUGGGACACUGCUCGAGGGAGGAAAUUAAGGACAGACACAUGUCCUCUCCAUACCACAGACGCACCUACCACUUAACCCAGAAUGACAGUCAGGACGCCAGUGCAGAACAGAGUGACCAUGACGAUGAGGUGGCCAGUCUAGAGUCGUCUUCAGGGAACUGUGGAGCCAGGUCGUCUCAAAGAUUGCCAGUGAAGGAGUGGAAGAGCUCUCCCAGAGGCUCCCCUAAACUAAAGAGGAAGAGUAAAAAAGACGACGGGGAUGCAUCUCAUGCCUCUCAGUCCAGGCAGCCUGAGCAGCAUCAUCAGCAGAUGAACCCAGAGGUGCUGGAAGAGCUCCUGAUUUUGCUCCGUAACCAGCAGAGGGAGAUAGCGGAGCUCCAUCAGAGUCAGCUGGAGCUGCUUCAGAGAGUGACAGGACACAUGGACGCCGUGCAGAGCUCUGUCAUAGCCCACGUAGAGCACGUCAUGGUCAGCCAGCAGGAGCACGAACAGAGGAGAAUGGAGAGAAUCCUAGCAGAGGGACACAACCGUAACCAGCAGCUCCAGGAGCAUCUCUCGCAGCAGCUGGGUCAAACUCUCAGUAACACCCUUUGUAAUCGGCUGGACAAGACUCUCCGAGAGGAGAUGAAGAAGACUGUUCCUCCCACUAUCACCAAGAGCCUGGAGCCUGUCACUGCCCAGAUGAGUAACACCAUUGCUGCUAAGCUGACAGCUGUGGAGGCAGCACUGAAGGAGAAUGUUAGCAAAGUCGUGAAGUCAAAGAACACCACAGAUGCUAUUGGCCGGGCAGCUGCCGAGGCAAUGCAGGGGCCUAUCCAGGCUGCCUACAAAGAUGCUUUCCAGGGCAUUGUGCUGCCUGUGUUUGAGAGGGGCUGCCAGUCUAUGUUCCAGCAGAUCAAUGAGAGCUUCAAGCAGGGCACCCAUGAGUAUAUCCAGCAACUGGAGACCCAUGUGAAGAACAAGAAGCAGCAUGAGCAGGAAGCACGGGAUCCUAUGAUUGGCCAGCUGCAACAGAUGAUUGACACGUUCCAGAACUCAACGGAUCAGCUGGCCACCACCAUCACAGCAAGUGUCCGCUCUGAGGUCCAGCAUCAGCUCCACAUGACGGUGGGAAACUUGCAGGACUCGAUCCUGACCCAGGUGCAGCGCAUUGUGAAGGGUGAGGUGAGUAUGGCCAUGAAGGAGCAGCAGGCAGCUGUGAACUCCAGCAUCAUGCAGGCCAUGCGCUCUGCUGCAGGCACGCCUGUCCCCACUGCUCACCUGGACUACCAGGCCCAGCAAGCCAGCAUCCUGCAGCUGCUGCAGCAGGGACAGCUCAACCAGGCCUUCCAACAGGCCCUGUCAGCCUCUGACCUGAACCUGGUUCUGUAUGUGUGCGAGACCAUCGACUCCCAGCAGGUGUUUGGACAGCAUCCCUGCCCCCUCAUCCAGCCAGUGCUGCUGUCCCUCAUACAGCAGCUGUCCACUAACCUGGCCACACGCUCUGAGCUCAAGAUCAGUUACUUGGAGGAUGCUGUGAUGAACCUGGACCAUGGGGAUCCGGUGACGAGGGACCACAUGAGUGCGGUGCUGUCCCAGGUCCGACAGAAGCUGUUCCAGUUCCUGCAGCAGGACCCACACAGUCCUCUCAGCAAGAGAGCCCGGCGCCUGGUGAUGAUGCUUCAGGGCCUGGUCAAUCACUAGUUCUGUGGUUGGCGCCUAAUGAUAUUUAGCCCCUUCACUUCCCUGUUCUGCUCCCACACAGUUAGAACAAAGUGCAGUGAGUUUCAUUGAAGUGCUGAGGGGAGCAGAGCUGUCGUUAAAGAGAUGUGAGCAUGAUCUACAGUGCCAUUGGAAAGUAUUCAGACCCCUUGACUUUUUCCACAUUUUGUUAGGUUACAGCCUUAUUAUAAAAUUGAUUACAUAGUUUUUUUCCCCUCAUCAAUCUACACAGAUUACCCAAUAAUGACAAAGCAAA